GUGGUGCGAUUGAACAUGCGCAAAACGCUCCUGCGCCCUGAAAGGUGAAACAGGAGGAAGGGCAGCGCCGCGGUCUGCUGAGUGUGUCGGGGCUGCUUUUGUGCACGGCCGUUGCUGUGUGAGGUGGGGCUCCCUCGAACCCGUCGGGCCUGCUCGGAAAGGGUGCUCGCGCUGCCUUGUGACCCGCCGGACGGGGAAAUCAUCAACCAUGUCAGCUGCUUUGUUGCCCAAACCACAGAUGAGGGGCCUCUUGGCCAGCCGUCUGAAGAAACACAUUGUGAUAGCAUCCAUCUUUUCCUUUGGAUGUGCAUGUUUGUACAAGUUUGGUGUGGCUGACCCCAGGAAGCAAGCAUAUGCAGACUUCUAUAAGAACUUUGAUGCCAGGAAGACAUUUGAGGCAAUGAGAGAAACGGGUAUAUUUGAAAGUGCACCUCCCAAAAGAAAAUAGGAUUUCCAGAUCCUCCUGUUUAGCAACCUGAAACUGAAUGUUGCUGUUUUUGUGAACUGAACCUUUGGGCCAUUUCAGUGCUGGUCAUACUCAUUAAAUGAAGUACUUGUGUCAAA